AUGACAGACGAGAACAGACCACCACCAGCUGUGAAACUAAUUACAACAUCUGGGGGCAAAGCGAUAUUCAAGGUUUAUGGAAUACAGAAAGCUUUAGAACUAGGUGAAGAUGAGGUAGAAGCCAAAAAGGAUGACAUGGCAAUUGCACUUCUACUUCAGGCAAUACCCGAAGAGCUCGUGUUUCAAGUAGCUCAGUUUCAGACUGUAAAGGAAAUCUGGGAAGCGUUGAAGACACGGUAUAUUGGGGUUGAACGGGUUCGAGAGGCAAAGAUUGAGCAAUUGGAAAAUGAGUUCGAAUCCUUGAAGAUAAAAGAAACAGUGAUGAUUGAUUCUUUCGCGGGCAGAAUAACAAAGUAUGUUCCAAUUGUAGCUUCAAUUGAACAAUUAGCAUAUUUGAAGGCCAUGACGUUUCAGGAAGCAAUCGUUAGACUGAAGACGUUUGAAGACGGGAUUAAAGGUAUCGAGUCUUUAGCAGAAAAUGAAGGUAAUCUAAUGUUUGCCAAUGGUGAGUCGUCCUCAAAAUCCAAAUCCUAUGAAAAUACAUGGGGGCGUGGGCGAGACAGUUCAAGUUACCGAGGCAGACGUCAAGACCGGGAUGAUGAGGACCAAGAUGGAAGUCAAAGCCGAGAUGGUCAAGGUCAUGGGUCAAAACAGAUGGGUCAAAAAAGAACCAAUGAUCGCCAAAAAGGAAGGAAAGAUAGAUCACAGGUUCAGUGUUAUCGUUGUGAUAAAUUUGGUCACUUCGCGUCAGGGUGUCCGAAUCGUAUGAAGAAACAAGAUGAAGCUAACUGA